AUGGAACAGCAUGCACGUUAUGUAGUGAACAAAGCAGCCAAUGCAGAUGAGUUAUGGGGAGGGAUUCCUGUGGCAGUGUUUAUGGGAGAUGAUGUUCAGCUUCCUCCUGUGUGUGACACCCUGGUGUACAUCUCAGAUUGUCGUAGUGCACCAUCUAACCACGGUCGCUUGGUUUGGACAAUGUUUGAUAGUGCUGUUGAGCUUACUCAGAUUAUACGGCAGAAUGAAUCUGGACAACAGCUGAGAGACGUGCUGAUAUCACUAAGAAAUUAUAUGACAACACCCCCAGCAAAUCCAUUGGCUACAACAGUUUCAAUGGCACAAUCUCCGCAUGUCGCAUGGCCCAGAACUCUUGCUAGGAUGGAUGAGCAAGGACUCUAUGUAUUUCCCACGCACCGUCUUGAAUGGCAGCGUAAUAAAACAAAGCUGCUUGAAUGUAACAGACAGCCAAACCACCCAGUGGCAAAGAUCAAGGCAGUUGACAAUGGCAGACAUGCAGUGAAGGCCGACAGUAAUAAGGCGGGGGGAUUGUUACCUCUACUGUAUCUUUGCCGUGACAGCAAAGUCAUGCUGGUGGUUAACUUUAAGGCUGAUUGGGGUUUGUACAAUGGGGCAGUAGGCACAGUCGUAGAUAUUGUGUACAAAGAUGGCCACAGACCUACUGAUGAUCCUGCUCCUCUACCUGGUGUAGUUCUGGUGAGGUUUCCAGGAUACAGGGGGCCACCAUACAUUAAUGAAGAUCCAACAGUUGUGCCAAUUGUACCGGUAAGUAGUUUUCACUGAAUGCGCAUGCCGAUGCAAGCGUCUGCAGGUUUCAUUGCGACUGGCAUGGGGAACAACAAUCCACAAAUGCCAAGGGAUGACUGUGGGCACUGGAGAAGCAUUCAGGUAUGUAGUGGUUCACCCUGGGGACCAUGGCUUUGAAGCCAGAAACCCAGGAGCUCUAUUUGUGGCAUUGUCAUUAGUAUUGCUUUAUUUUUGUUACCUAGAUAGUGCAGGAUAGUGGUAGGCCUAGGGUCUUCAUGCAACGAAUUAUCCCAAGCCAUGGCAGAUGUACGAUGUUCAAAAUGUGUUCCGCAUUUUUCCGCGUAGUCGUCAAGAUAAAUCAAGUCAAAACACAUUCUCCAGUGGUUUUUUGUAUCUUACACUGGGCUCGUUUUCUUUCAAAUAAUACUUAAAACACGCCACGGAAUUCAACGAUAUAAAGGUGGCGGCUUACAUUUUACUCCCAGGCGUUCAUUCCUGCUAGACGUGUGUGCCAAUCGCCGAUCACCAUUCUGUCCCCGCCCCCUUCCCCGCCCUCUUUUGACUUGGCCCAGCUCCUUGCGUUUUUGAGACUUUUGUAAAAUGCAUCUCCUUUACGCUAGCUGGAGAUCUUACAUCAUUUCACAGGGAGGCUGUCAGUUGUUUUAUUUCUAAGCUCGGAAAGGAUGCACUUAGGCCUGUGUGUGAGAAGGUAGGAAACUUAUAACGUAAUGUAUUUUGAGCUGCAUAUUUAAAUGUUGUUUAUGUCAUGUAAGGGCAACGUUUGUUUCGGUAUAGUCCAACUAAAAAAGGGAGAUUUCAGGACAAUAAACAUAAAAUGGAUGCAGGAAAUAUUUACCAAUAACGCGAGGUUUUUAUCCAAAACAGGAAGGUCGGAAUCUCUGUUAACAUCAAGCGCUCACUUUAUUAAAGCGGGUAUGAUUGUUAUGGUUUCCUCCACAGAAUAACACAAUAGGCCACUUGCGGAGGUAAGAGGUCACGUGACCAAUAGUUCCUUUAACCAAUGAGUUGGAAUCUUACUGAUUCCAACAAUUGACAGAGCACAUAACAAUUAUCUCACACCCGAAAUUUGAGAGAAAACACAUUUGAGGGAGAUAUUUUAUGGAACUUUGCUUUUUUAACAAAAUAGUAUGAUUUCUGUUGUUCGCCAUUUUGUUUAGAAGGAAGAUCAUUUUACUCCUUUUGCGGUGUGUCCAUCGAAAAUACUAGAGUGCAAACUUACUCAGUCGCCUGCUGGUGACUGGUGACAUUCUGGUAGCCACAUCUAAAUGAUCUGCAUUGGUUAUCAAGUCAUAUCGCAUCGUGUCAGAGACAUCAGAAAAACCUUUUCCAAGGAAUUGAAAACAAACUUAGUGUGAAGCAUACAUGUACAAAUACUAUGUGGUGCUUCAUAUGACAUCGAAUGACUGGGUAGUUUAUAAAUGAAACAAGUCAAAAAUCAUGGGAAAAAAAUUUAACAUUGGCAUUUCAUUUUGUGAUGAGAGCAAGUUGUUAUUUGUUACUGAUGUUGAGAGGAUACAGUCUAUUAUUAUAUAAACACCAAUGAAAUACCAGGUGAGCUUUCGCGCGAAAACAUGAUAUCUUCACACAUCAAAAUAUCAUGUUAUGUUCACAUGUGAAAAUAUCAGUGUUGCUAUGGCUACAUAAUAAAUGGCGCAUGGCCACUUGGAGAUACAAAAUUUAUCUUCUCGUGUUGAAAAUAUUUCACUCGUUCGCUGUCCUCACUCGUGAAAUAUUUUCCAACACUCGAAGAUAAAUUUUGUAUCUCCAUGCGGCCAUGUAAUAUCCUCUAUUUAUUCAAUAAAUCGGCUUUUUUUAACUGCCCCUUUCUGAAUAUCUUAUUGGCUAAAUCACGUCAUGGAAUCAUGUAUAAUUAUUACUUCUUCAGCCAUGGUUGAUUGCAUAUUACACCAAGUAUACUACUUCCUGAUACAACACUUAUGGAAAAUGACUGGGUUUGACUUGCAAUUGCAUCUGAGGUACAGAGACAGCCUUUAAAGUAAGAAACCGAAGUGAGAUAUUGCUCAUGCAUAAAAAUGGCUUUAGACAAGGCGGUGAAUUGAAAGGAGUUUUGAUCACCUAAUAAAGAUAUCAACUAGUUUUCAUGGACCGCAUCCAAAUUCAAGGUCUUAUCAAGACAACUACUUAAUUCAAGACCUUUUGAAGAAUGUGUAUCGAACCAUGACUAUUUCUUCUUUGACGCUUUCUUGCUCGUAACAAGCACAAUUGUUGUCUAUGUAUGACUGCAUGAGUUCAACUGCGCAGAAGUAUGCAAACCUAUGAAGGACGAUGAAAGAGUUGUUGUUGCAGAGUUUUGAGCACUUGCACUAUAUUUCUCUUCUAUAAUUUAAGGAAUUUUUUUGUUUCACGUGACAUUUCGAACUAAUGUACCACACAACAAUGAUAAUGCAAGAUUCGCAAUCACUGCUAAAUACUUCAUUUUUUAAAUCUGUGAUGUUUUCGCUAACGACUGUUGCAUCAACUUAUAAUUCACGUCUUGCAUGGAAAGCAGAGAAACACAUCUUGAUAAAAGCCCUCUUUGUUGGAAACGGCUUGAACGUCCAGUAAAAUUUGACGCAAUAACAUAAACAUUGGUAGAUACCUUAAUUAGGGGGUGGCAGACGACUCAUGCAGGAAAUGUAUAAGGUGUUUCCCUGAACGAAAAAAGCCUGAUCAGAGAUUAAAAAGCUGCAUUUUAAUUAAAUUUCAAAUAAUACAUAAAAUUUUAUAAAAUUUUUUGCAAUAAAGGAAUCGGGUCAAAAAUUUAAUUACUGUAUAAAAUUGUAGAAAACUUUUUCAAAAUAAAGGAGUGUCAAAAGAAGUGUACAAAAUUAAAGGAACUGUGUCACGAAAUUCAGCCAAAGUAGGAAAAUACAAAAGGCCCGUUAAAUUAAGAGAAACAUAAAAAUCAACGUUUAAAACUUAAAAGGAAGGUUAAAAUAACAUAACAGAAACAACAGAUGUCACAGAUGGGCAAAACUGAAGAAGAUUGAAACGGAUUGAAAUUAGGAUUUUUGAAAACUGUUCAGCCUAACAGUUUGUCAUAGUUAAGCCCUGCUGCUUGCAACUUCAAGAAUCAUGCUCAGGGGACAUAUUUGUGGGUCUCUGAUUUUGUCAUUUACAUGUAAUUUCUUCGCUUACUUUAAGUUCCAUAGGGAUUGAUGGCGAGAAAUUGGCAAAAUUGAACAAAAUGACUCGACUGCCGUGACACAGCCCCUUUAAACUGUAUAAAAAAAUUAAAUAUAUAGAUAUAAUAGAAAUGAAAUUCAAUGUAAUGAAUGCAUAAUACAAAAGAAUAUUUUUUACAUCUAUAAUAAGUAAUUAUGUAAUAAAUAGUUACUUUUUAUAGAUGUAAAAAACAUUCUGGCCAUGGCUUUGGCCUUCUCCAGUUCCAUGAUCAUUUCCUGUCGGAAGAAAGACGAAUAAUAAAUAACAGAUAAUAAAUGGUCAAAAACUAUGUAAGCAUUUCAAAAAAUGAUUUUAAUAGUUGGUCAUAUAAUGGGAAGAGUUAGGGUAGAACAAAUCCGAAGCAGGUAAAUCAUACAAAGCAUUUGAAGAACAAAUGAAUUACAAUUGGUUUGUUUUAUAUAAUACUGAAGAACCACAAACUCACAGGUCAGAUUGUAAAAAGGUAAAAUAUUUUGUCUGUAUAGGGUUAAAAAUUAACUUUUGAACUAGGUCAUCCACAAAACAACAAUUUUUUCGGAUCUAGGGAUCCAAGGUGAAAUUUAGGUGGCAAAUGAAAACUAAAGGGGACUAAAAGCCAACACCUGUAAAAGACACUGUUUUAUAGCCCAAUCAGUGAAAAGAUCAAAAUAUGGUUUCUUUGUUUUCCUGCCAAAGAAAACCCUAAUGUGGAGAAGGCAUUGUUCAAUUGGCCAAUCUUGUUUCAUUUUCACAUCGAAGCGAAGUUUUGAUUCAUUUCUAGGAAGUUAUUGAGCAUGAAGUUUUUUCUCCCAAAUGUUUGCAUAACCAACUGAAAAGCCACAUUCGUUUUUAUCUCUUUUUGCUUUAUGUCCUUUGUUUUAUUUGUUUUGUUCACGUGUUUUUAUUUCAGGGUCAUUCUAGAGUCACUCUUUUAUAAAAUGCUUGUGGCUCUCGCUCACACACGGCAUAGUGUAGGUUACGUAUUCAGUUCAAGACAGGAUACAGCAAUACAAGGG